GAGACGAACCCAAAUCCCCUGUUCGAUCGGUGCUGCGGAAUGGGGAUGGAAUUGGGGAAGAUCGUGAAGUCGGGGAAAGGAUGCAAGGAACGGAAGCCGAACGAGACCUCGGAGUUCCCUCAGGAGGAGCAGGAGAUGUGUCUGCUGGUGGUGGAGACAUGCUGCGUCAGGGCGUUGGGGGAGGCGCAGUGCCAGAGGGGGGUCGAUCGGGCGCUGGCCUCCAAGCCGUGUCCGAAGGGGGACUCCACUAAGAUUGCUGCGAGGGAUGCCAGUUGGGGAGGAUGUCGUCUCGUCUCGGAGUUGGAUGCACUUCGACGAAUUCUCGGUUCAGGAGGCCGUGGGAUGAGGCGUUUGCUGCAUGCUGUUUGCAUCAUCCGAACAUGCAUUCGACCACAUCGUCGCCGGUGCAAGUCAAUCUCUCCAGUUCUGUGGGUAGGUGUCGGUAAUAAGGGGAACCUGUGCGUGAAGUUUCUGGGGAGGCUGUGCUCGCACCUGUGCAUCCCGAUCGGGGUGGAUUCCUACCGAUGUGAUUGUCCUUUGGGUCACCGGUUGGGACACGACGAGAAGACCUGCUACCCGGAAGACCCUUCUGCCGGGUGCGAGAGGGAGAAUCCGUGCGAGCAGAUCUGCCAGGAUGGUCCGAAUUCGGGGAUUCGAUGUCUCUGCAAUCCCGGCUACCAGCUUGCGGACGACGGCAUCUCGUGCCAAGACGUGGACGAGUGCGUGGUCGGCGUGGACGUGUGCGGAGGCCUGGGCCAGGCGUGCAUGAACACCCAGGGCAGUUACUCGUGCUUCCGUCCAGAUGGCAGUUCCGUCGCUCCGCGGGACGCCUUGGAGCCUCGGAUUCCCUCCAAUGACAUCCGAAACCCUGGACAGAGGCUGGAGUGUCCUGCCGGUUUUGCCUUCGAUCUUAAUUCCAGGACUUGUGAAGAUGUGAACGAGUGCGAAACGAGGUCUGGCCAGCUCCCCUGCAAGUCUGGUUUUCAGUGUCGGAACACAAUUGGGAGUUUCUCGUGUGUCUUGCCUGAAGGGUGCCCCGAGGGAUACGUGGAAUCCUCUCUCGAUUCUUCCUGUCUUGACGUGGACGAGUGCGAGGCGGGGUCGGACGACUGCGACCGGGAAAGGGAAUCCUGCUUGAACAUGGAAGGGUCCUUCACGUGUCUACCGAGGGGAGUCACUCAAUGCCCUGCUGGAUAUUCUUGGGAUUACGCCAGGGAAAACUGUCGAGAUGUGGAUGAGUGUAGAGAAAGAGGUGAUGUUUGCGAGGCGGGUGAGGUCUGUCGGAAUACCCUGGGAGGGUACGAGUGCGGCCUCAGGUGCUUGCCUGGAUUCCGGAUCCAUCCCCAACUGAAGAUCUGUGUAGACAUAGACGAAUGUCGGAGAGAGAUGCACAACUGCUCUCACCUCCUGGGGGAGAAGUGCGUGAAUACUGACGGAUCCUUCACGUGUGAACGGGCUGCGUCCAUUUGCCCAGUCGGGUACGAAUUCAACGCGUCGCGACUGCGAUGUCAGGACGUGGACGAAUGCUUGGAAGGAGCAUGCAGCGUCGUGGAGGAAUGCGUGAACACGCCCGGGAGCUUCCGAUGCCAGGCCCGCGUCGCCUGCGAGCCCGGCUUCAGACUCCAGCCCAAGACCCGGCUGUGUCUCGACAUCGACGAGUGCGCGGACGGGAUUCACAACUGCCCCACUGAACGCACGGAAUGCGCGAACACGUACGGCGGAUACGCAUGCAAGGUCCUAUGCCUCCCCGGGUAUCGGCCUUCCCCUGCCGCCACCAAUGAGUCCGCUACUUCCUGUGUCGACGUGGACGAAUGCGCGGAAGGGACGGAUCCCUGCCCCGAAAAGGAGGAGUGCGUCAACAUGGAUGGAAGCUAUCGCUGCCAAUCCUACGCCGCCGACGGGGAAAGCACUAUAGAAGGCAGAGGACACCAGCCGAGAUGCCCGAAGGGAUUCCUCUACGACCCAGUCACCAGGAAGUGUCGAGACGUGAACGAGUGCUUAGGAAAGGAUCCGUGUAAGGGGGGGAAUUCCUCCUGCAUCAAUCUUGCGGGGGGAUAUCGGUGCGACUGUCCCUUUGGAUUCCAGUUCACCUCCCGGACAAAGAACUGUCAAGACGUGAACGAGUGUCAGCUGGGCGUGCACAACUGCCUGACAACACAGCGCUGCGAUAACACGAUCGGCUCCUUCACGUGCAUCCGGAUAACUAGCUGUGGCACCGGCUACACUCUCAAUGCGCACAAUGGACUCUGCGAAGACGACGACGAAUGCGAACUGGGGACGUCGAAGUGCAAGGAACUGGGCCCGGACUGGGAGUGCGAGAACACGCAGGGAAGCUUCAGAUGCAUCAAGUCCUGCUCCCCCGGAGAAGAGACGAACGAGCGAACCGGCGAUUGCGAACCUCUUCCGACCCCCCCACCUCCAUCCUGCCCUUCGGGCUACCGGACCGGAUCUGAAGGCUCCUGUAUCGACGUGGACGAGUGCGCCGAAAUGCUCCACGACUGCGCGAUGGAGCAGACGUGUCGGAACCAGGUCGGGGGGUUCACGUGCGAUUGUCCGGUCGGGUACGUCCUGGACGAGAAGGACGAGAAGAGACGGAGCUGCAGGGAUGUGGACGAGUGCAGUCUGCGUCGGGGACAGGUGUGUUCAGGGAUCGACUCCGCUUGCGUCAACGUGCUGGGGUCGUAUAGGUGUUCGUGCGGGGUCGGUUUCGUCAAUUCGCCGGAUCAGCUCUCCUGUUUCGAUGCGGACGAGUGCGAGGGGACGUCAGAGAUAUGUCGUCACAUCUGUGUCAACACCUGGGGGUCGUUCCAUUGUGCGUGUCAGAUGGGAUACGUGUUGAGCAACGAUAGCAGGUCUUGCAACGACAUUGACGAAUGUUCGGGACGAAUCAAAGAUCGUCCCUGUGCCGGGAUUUGCCUGAACGAGCCUGGCGGCUACUCGUGCUCGUGUCCCGAAGGGUACCAGAUGGAAGCGGAUGGCAGGCACUGCAGAGACGUGGACGAGUGCGUAGACGAUCCGUGCCGCGGGACCUCGGGUGUCUGCGUGAAUGUGGGUGGAGAGCACCGGUGCGUCGGCGUCACCUGCCCCUCCGGUUACGAACUGGAUUUCCAGACCAGGAAAUGCAAGCGACGCCACACCCGCUGCAUCGCAACGGACGCAGCCUGCAUUCGCCAGCCCCUCAGCUACUCGCACCAUUUCGUCUCCUUGCCGAGCAACGUGGAGUUCCUGCGGGGGAGGAGACACAAGGAUCUCCUCCUGGUCAGGUUUCCUCCUGCGGAGUUUGGGAUCAAGACGCAGUUCACUCUGGAGCACAAGUUAUCCAGGGCGCCUUCCUCGGUCGUCCCGACUUCCAGGAACAACUUCAAUCUGAGACCCUUGACGGAGAUGGAAGCGGGGAUCUUGCUGGUUCGGUCCAUUGAAGGCCCUCAAGACGUGGAGCUUCAACUCACGAUGGACAUGAUCCAGGGCGGCAGAUACGUCGGUUCUCACGUCGCACGCAUCUUCGUCUUCGUCAGCCGUUACGAGUUCUGAUCCGAGCUGCCGGCCGAACUGACCCACCUGCAAAGAAUCUAGUCAUGGAUUUCCUCGGAUACGGCUACAAACGAGUCACCUCAUCAAGCAGUAGUUCUGUCCUGGAGGAUCCCCGAGAGGUGGUCUCACGAGAGUCACGUUUUUUCUGCUCCCCUCAUUUGUGUGUUCCCUGGGUUUACCCGUUCCUAAUCGUGUGUUUCCUAGAAAUAAAGCAC